CGUUACUAUGACAUUGACAGUAUGUCAACUUUGACGUUCAUCCUGACACUUGCUCCGAAAUUUAUAACCACUUUUUAUAAAAUUUUAUAAAUAUUUACGUGAAAUUAAUAGUAAUUCAAACAAAAUACUGCUUACUUCCAAAUAUGUGAUUAGUUUAUGUUCAAUGGCGUCUGCAGAUCUCUCAGAUAAUGAAAAUCAUCAAAUUGUAAGGGAAAUUGAUCACAAUGAAAUUGAGCAACUAGAGAUUGUAGGAGAAGGAAGUUUUGGUGUUGUUUAUAAAGGAAUAUGGAACAAUACAUUUGUAGCUGUAAAAAACAUUACUCGAGAGGAAGAAAAAAAAGCUUUUCUUAUUGAAGUGAGACAACUGUCAAGGGUGGACCAUGAAAAUAUAGUAAAACUUUAUGGGGCUUGCACUAAAGGAGCUCAAUUCUGUCUUGUAAUGGAAUAUGCUGAAGGGGGAUCUUUAUUCAAUGUUUUGCAUCGUUCAAACUUACAUUAUACAAUUGCACAUGCUAUGUCAUGGGCAUAUCAGUGUUCAAAGGGUGUGGAGUAUUUACAUGCGAUGCAACCUAAGCCUUUAAUCCAUAGAGACUUGAAACCACCAAAUUUGCUAUUAAUUAAUGGUGGUGUUCAUUUAAAGAUAUGUGAUUUUGGUACAGCUGCUGACAAAAGUACUUACAUGACUAAUAAUAAAGGUUCAGCCGCUUGGAUGGCACCUGAGGUGUUCACCUCUUCUAAUUAUACUGAGAAAUGUGAUGUAUUCAGUUGGGGCAUUAUUUUGUGGGAAGUUCUUUCAAGGAAAAAACCUUUUUACAACCAAGGCGGCUCUGCAUUUAGUAUAAUGUGGGCCGUUCAUAAAGGAAAAAGGCCUCCUUUAUUACGAAACUGUCCACCUGUAAUCGAAAAUUUAAUGACGUCAUGCUGGGACCAGGAACCAACAAAUAGGCCAAGUAUGGAAGAGAUCGCCAGAAAAAUGGCUGUUAUAUGUUCAUUACUUCCUGGUGCAGAGAAAUCUAUCCAAACAUCAGCAUACAAUUGUGAAGAUGACGAGGACAUUGCCGAAGUCGAAGAAGAGGAAGAGCAAGAUGAAGAAUAUUUUGAUACAGAAAUAGAAGACAUUUUCAAAGUACCUAUGAAUACAAAUGGAGAUAAUGCCGUUUUGACACUACCUCAACCAAAUGCAGAUUUCUUGAAACCUCUGACUGUGGAAUGUGAUCCUAAAGCAUGGGAUCGAGAAUUGGAGAGGAGCUAUUACAUGCAAACUAUGGCUGGAUUUGAUAAAGCGAUUCCGACAAAUGGCGAAGGUACAGCAAACACAAUACAAGCUGGUGUACAAAGCUCCACAGAAAAUCAACACACAAACCAAGACUUAAGCAAUAUGAAAGUACUUUUAGAUUCACUAGAUCCUCAUUUAAGACCGGCAACACCCGACCAUUCAGAUCCUAAAUCAGUAGCUUUGCUAGAGGAACACAUGAAACUGGCUGAAGAAUAUUGGAAGGUCCAAACAGAGCUAGUAUUAUUGACACAACAAAAAAAUAAAUUAUUGGUAGCCAAAGAAGAAGACGAAAGAAGAAAAAGGAAUCUUAAGGUUCUUCAAGAAGAAAAAGAGUCUUUGAUGGUCGCAAGAGACCUCUUGCAACAACAAAAAGAAUUAUCAUCAAGAGAUAUCUUGAGGCAACAAAAAGAUAGGCCAACGACUCCUUCAGGAAAUUCAUCAAGAAAUUCAAUAGAUAAUUGGGUGAUAGUACCAAGAGAAGGUCAACAAAGUUAGCGAAACCAUCAAUGUUGAUUUUUUUAUUUGGUAUGUUCUAAUUUUAAAACGUUACUAUUUUUAUCGGGACACCAAAAUUGUCAAAAAUAUGAUAAACGGUUCUCCUCUACACACACUCCAAUCCAUGAAAUCAAAUUUCUCAUAAACAGUUCAUUUUUAUUGAAGUUAUUUUUGGAGCUUAGAGUGUAGGGAUGAGCCUCCCCGAUUACUGUUUGUUUUGUAAAUUCAUUCAUACUGCAUAUGAAUGUACAUAAUCUUCUAAUGUAUAGUCUAAAAAAUUGUUUUAAUCGUUAAACGUUAUUUGACCACUUUCACUAAGUCUCAAAAUCUCUUUGAAAUAAACAACACUAUUAGGGGAGAUGGGUGGUGAAUAGGUUUUGACUUGGAAAAAUUUGUGCUAAAACCGAGAAAAUUUAUCAAUAGACUGUUUUAUUCAAGUACAUAACCUAUGUACCGAUAAUGCUAACGUAAUUAAUUUUCUCUUUAAUUUUCAAAAAAUUGUGUGUUUUCCGCUUUACCCUCAUAGUGACCUUUUGACUUUAUAAAUUUUCAGCCGGCACCAUGUCGAUGUUGAUUUUUCACAUCUUCAAUCUAACACCGUCAAACAUCCCUUAUAGUAUAAUUCUGAUCAUUUUUCAAUUGAAAACAACGAGUUACGUAAAACGAAUAUCAAACAUCAAUUUGAAGUAAUAUUUAUGCGAAUAAAGCUGAUUGUAAUGUAUUUACACUCAAAGAUUGCGGUUGACCAACUAUUGUUUUUUUUUUUUAUUAAAUAUUCUCAUCAAUCAAUUUCAAACGAUGUAUAAUUUAAUAAAAUAACAUAUAGUUGCAUAAACAAUCGCACUAAAUUCGAUUGUAUAUAAUUGUGGCAUUUUUUAUAGUCGUCCCGGAACUAAUACAUUGUAUAUUCAUUAACCAUUGAUUUAAAUAAAAUUUCAUUGGAAAAACAGAUACAUACAAAAUCGAGAAGUGGGAUCCGAGACUGUGAUAAACGUAAUUUAUGUUAUUAGAAUAUUAGUAAGCAAGUUUUUGCCAAAAUAGUGGUAUAAAAAAAUAGAAUAAUUUGUAUUAAAAUACAAACAGAAGAUAAGAUUAUAAAUUGUACAUUACCAAAUAAAAAAAUUAUUAUUAAUAGUUUAAAAUCUUGUAAUAUACAGUUUGUCCAUUUUAUCAAUAUAAAUUUUACAUAUAAUUGAAAAUGUAAAAUUCUCACACAAUAUGAAAAAAAUUAUAUUGUAGGUGCAUUUUCAACUUUUAUUCAUUGCUUUGUUCAGUGGGAAAUAUAACAACACGCUCAAGUAAAGAAAUUUAGUCACGUUUAAAAACCUAAAACUCCUCUUAAUAACACAAAAAUCAAAGUUUAUAACUUUUUUAUUUAAAAUUGAAUUUUUACUUCAAGUCUCCAUAAGUCGUCUUGUGCAUGACUUCUAAGUUCUUUACUACAGCUCUAAAGUCUAUUAAUCAAAGAGAUAUAGUAAACCGAAACAAUGAUCAGUGCGUAAUCAGCACGUGAACACCACUGGAGAAAUCAAUGGCACCAUAAUAUACCACAAAUAAAAAAUCGCGCUACAGGGGCGAGCGCCGCAUUGCUUAAGAAAUAAAGCGUUCUGGUGUAGUACAGGGACAGCAUCGUAUUAUCUUACUGCAGAGAUCAUUUUUUGAAAAGAUACUUUAUUUGAACAGUAAAAUGACACUAUUAACAAUUAAAAUUACGGUUUACAAUAUUGAUUAUUGAUCAGUCUUUUAUACAACAAAAAGUAUAAACUAAAAAACAUGUAAUUCAGCAAGAUCAUCAGUUUAAUAAAACAUUUGUUGAAUUGUGGAUCAGCAACUUAUAUUUGUUAUGACGGCUCUAAGUUCAAUAUCAUAUAUAAACCAUGGGUCAGUGAACUGUCACUAGCUAUCCUCCGCCUAAGAAGAGAACUAAAAAGCUUCAUUUUAACGCUAAAGAAUUAUAUUUGAUAAGUGGAAAAAGUGUAUUCAACAUGUCCAGAAAAAUGUUGAUUUACACACUUAUUAUAAAUGUUGAAGAUAGUGGAAGCUCAAUAUUAUCGCAGACUGUCUGGCAGGAAUAUUUCGAAGAAAUUGUGUACAUUGGCCUUCCGACAGCUUCGGCCAAUAGAAAUGCAUUUAUGUUUUCGAUUCGAUGUUUUCAUUGGUAAAAAGUGUAGAUGAUGGAUUUUGACACACAUUCUUCAUGUCCACGUAGACUUAGAUGUUUACCGGAUUUUAUACGGGGAAUAAACAUUAUAUUUCAUUUAUUAAUUUUGUAUGACUGCCUAUUUAUGAAAUAUUGAUUGUUCCUUGCAUAACUGUCUUCUGCAAUUGAUAUUGGAAGAACUAGGCAUUAAGUGGAACUCGAGAAAUAGAGAUAUUAUCAUUUUUGUACAAUAUAUUUUUAUAAAGUGGACAUUCUGUAUGAAAAUUGUCAGUAAUUACACCUUUCAUGAAGGUGUAUGUUUUAUAAGUAUAACAAAGUAUUUUAUUCUAUGAUACCGAGUGCCUUUUCUACUGUUUUUAAAUUUAUUGUAUAAUAGAAAUAUUCUACUGUGUAUGAUAAAAUGUGUAAAAAUGUAAAAAUACUUUAACUAAUUUUAGCUUUAGGUGAUUUUAUUUAUUUUUUAGUUUAUAUUUUUAUUACACAUUUUAAUUAUUGUAAAUUCUGUAUUUUAUUAAAAAUGUAUAAAAGUG